UGGACCGAUUUAUUGCGUUGAUACAGCUGCAAGAAAUCCUCCGGAACAAGCACCUUCAGCUGCUCUCCGUUCCUGCAUCCACAGCAAUGUCUCUCGAGACAGAAUUUAAGACAGUGGCAGAGGAUGUGAAGAAGGUGAAAACAAAGCCUACAAAUGAGGAGAUGCUUACACUAUACGGUCUUUACAAACAGGCCCUUGUCGGUGACGUUAACACUGAGAGGCCAGGAGCUCUGGAUAUGACAGGGAAAGCAAAGUGGGAUGCCUGGGACUCCAGGAAAGGAGUGUCCAAGGAUGAUGCCAUGUCAACCUACAUCACGCAUGCUAAGGAAAUCAUCAGCAAAUAUGGGAUGUAAGACUUACAAUAAACAAUAGAGGCAGGAUUAAUGCAAAAAUGAAUAAAAGACUACUAAUUCAAUUAAUAAAAAAACAGAUUGUCUACAGAUGUAAUGGUUAGGCAGAAUAUUUUGUCAUUUGACAUUUCUUCCUUUUUCAGGUAUGUUUUUUUAAUUUUUCAUCAUUUUGAAUUUAUAUAAUUAAAUGACUACUAUGCAUUGAUUAAUUAUGUAAAAAUGUAACUUUACUAAUUCAGUUGAAUGCACUUAUUCAUAUCUUAGAUCACAACAAGAAAUUAAAAGGUGUCAAAUAUGAGCAUACACGUUUUAAAAAAAUAAACU